CAUUAUUAGCCAAAUAUUAAUAAACAAAAUAGAUGGUAGGCAGUUCGUUUCUCUCUAGAGGUAGCAGAGGAAUCAGGUUCCCAGCAUUUCAUCCGCAUUUAACCGCCGCUACUUGUUCCAAUACUAGAGUUGGCAGUGUCUCCUCUUACCCAAAGCCCAUUUCUCACAAAUUCUUCAGUAGAAACCCUAGUAAACCCUAGUCCUUCCCAAAACAUAUUGAAACACUCUAUACCUUCAUCACCAGUUCGUGGGAUCGUUGGGUUUUCAGCAAUGGCAUCUGCAACUGAAGGAGAAGAUGGUCAGUUCAAGUUGUAUGAGACCAGUGUGCUUAAAAUCCAGAAGGGCGACCUUACUCAGUGGUUUGUUGAUGGCUCCUCCGAUGCUAUUGUCAAUCCUGCAAAUCAGAGAAUGCUUGGAGGUGGUGGUGCGGAUGGAGCCAUACAUAGGGCUGCUGGCCCGGAACUUCGAGAAGCAUGCUUUAAGGUUCCAGAAGUUCAACCUGGUGUUCGCUGUCCCACCGGUGAAGCAAGGAUUACUCCAGGAUUUAAACUGCCUGCAUCUCAUGUGAUUCACACUGUUGGACCAAUUUAUGACUCCGACAAGGACCCUAAAGGCUCACUCAGAAAUGCAUACAAAAAUUGCUUGAGUGUGGCGAAACAGAACAACAUUAAAUACGUUGCGUUUCCUGCCAUAUCUUGCGGUGUAUUUGGAUAUCCUUACGAGGAAGCAGCAACGGUUGCGUUAACUACUAUCAAUGAAUUUGCCAAUGAUAUUAAAGAGGUGCAUUUUGUUAUGUUUGACGGGGACAUCUAUGAUGUUUGGUUGAAAAAAGCAAAGGAAAUGUUCCAGGUUUAGUUCAUGCUAGGAACUAGAAUUGAGCUCCUUCACACUUGAGGGUGAACUUGGCAAUAAAUGUAUCUCAGUUGGCUUGAACCGAUAACUUUCUUUUGGAUUAUGUCCUGUGAGGGUCCAGACUUUAGAUACAUAAGCACCGUUGUGCUUCAUCUGCACACGGCAUACGUUUGAUGCAGUUUUGAUGUAGUAAAGUGGUUGCUAGGACACGCCAUGUUACCUAAGACUUUUUAUUACACCCGUGC